AUGCCUCUAACCGACUUAAGUGAACCAGAUGCAUCUCCAUUGGUUAGGGAGCUGUUAGGGAACACGAUAGGUCGUUAUCAUGUCUUCGUAGGGGAUCUUAGCCCAGAGGUCAAUGACGACAAUCUGGCAAUGGCCUUCAGUGCUUUUGGCACCAUGUCGGAUGCCCGUGUCAUGUGGGACAAGAAUUCUGGAAAAUCUCGCGGCUAUGGCUUCCUUGCCUUCGUAGACAAGACAGACGCAGAGCAGGCCAUCGCGACGAUGAAUGGCAAAAGGCUGGGCUCUGGGGAAAUCCGUUUCAAUUGGGCAAAUCAACGA